AACUCGCGAAAAUUCGUAACAAUUCGAGAAUAUUCCAUCCCCACUCAGUGUAAACGUAUAUAAAUCUCCCCAAAUUCAAACCCUCGUCAGUCUCCAGUAUAUCAGUAAGCGAAUAACUUGUUUUCCAAAAAGAUGUCUCUCCUUCCAUUCUUACUCGACGACUUCUCUCAUCGUCCCUCACGAAUCUUCAAUCAAAACUUUGGUUUGGGUUUAGACCCAGAAGAUUUAACGCGCCCGUUGUCUCUCCCAGAACAUCAUCUUCGCCGUGGUCGUAUUCCCUUUAGUUAUUAUCGCCCGUGGAAAUCAUUGGCGGCGGAACAAGAUGUCGGCUCAACGAUCGCUUUGGAUAAAGACAGGUUUCAGGUGAACCUCGAUGUCCAACAUUUCAAACCAGAAGAAAUCGUCGUUAAAGUAACUGGUGACCACAUCAUCACGGUCGAGGGAAAACACGAGGAAAUGGAAGAUGAGCAUGGAUAUAUUUCCCGUUCAUUUACACGAAAAUAUAUUCUUCCAAAGGGGCACGAUAUUCAAAAGGUCGAUUCAAAAUUGUCCUCGGAUGGGGUUUUAACCAUUACGGCUCCUACUUUUAAUCCAGAUGCUGUUGAAGAACAUAGGAAAAUUCCUGUUCAACAAACUGGGGCUCCCUCGAAAGCUAUUCAUCAUAAGAAGGAGGAGAAGAAAAAUUAAAUUAUUUAGUUAAGAUUUUUUGUUAAAAUUUUUUUUAAGAUAAAAUAAAUCUUUUCAAU